GACAGAAAUAAAAUGAACCCGUUACAGUAACUUUAUGUUGAAAAAUGAAUGUACUUGGCAGAAACCUGCUAGCAAAACUUUGUCAGCAAUUUAAGGAAUCUUUCUCUGUAGUCGAAAGCUAAACCAGCACUGAGGAAGAGUCACCAAACAUGGCAGAAAAGAGAAGAUUCCACAUCCCAUCUGCUGCUGAAAUUGAAGACGGCAAGAAGAAUGUUGCAGAAAGCUUCAAGCCAACAAGCAUUUUCAAGACAUACCGUGAACAAAAAAAGAAUGAUCCUUCAGAUGAGAUUCAAAACAAGAAACCGAAACUACCUGAUGUUUCAAUUAAGAAAAAUUCAGCAACUGCAGAAGUUUCGUCCCGUCAAAGUAGUCUUGGGAACCUUCAAACAGUCAAAUCCUCAAACUCAGGUUCAAGAUCUACAACUUCAAUUGAUCAAUUUGUAAAACCUUCAGAUUCAAGAAGUACUUUCAUAAAACCAUCCACAUCAAAAGACAAUGCCCCAAAAAUUAACACAUUUGCCAAGAAUUUGAAGAAAGAAGAUAUUACGCCAGGAAAUGAUUCAGUUGCUAUGACAAAUUUAACAGAAGAAAAUGCCCCAAAACUUGCAAUUCCAGGGAAAACAAGUUCACUCUUGGUUCACCAAAGGCAAAGGGGAAAUCCAAUUUUGAAGUUUGUACGCAAUGUUCCUUGGGAAUUUGGGGAUAUAGUUCCAGACUAUGUCAUGGGGCAGACAACUUGUGCUUUAUAUCUCAGCUUACGUUACCACCAGCUAAAUCCAAACUAUAUACAUGACAGAUUAAAACAGCUUGGAAGAAGUUAUGAGUUACGAGUGAUGUUGGUACAAAUUGAUAUUAAAGAGCCUCACCACUUGCUUAGAGAACUUGCUAAAAUAUGUAUUUUAGCUGACUGUACACUCAUUUUAGCUUUCUCAACGGAAGAAGCAGGGCGUUAUUUGGAAUCUUAUAAAGUAUAUGAAAACAAACCUCCUGAUGCCAUCAUGGAGAAAACAGAUCAAGACUUUAUGGCUAAAAUGACAGAUUGUUUGACUAAUAUCAAAUCAGUGAACAAAACUGAUGUGGCCACUCUUAUUUCCACAUUUGGAUCUUUGAAAGACAUAGCAGAAGCAAGUCAGGAAGACUUAUCAUUCUGUCCAGGUUUUGGACCACAGAAAGCAAAGAGAGUUCAUGAUUUGUUUAAAGAACCAUUCCUACGAGCAAAUAAGAAUAAGGAUCAGAAAUGAGAAAUGAAUAUGUUCAUAUAAGAUAUCAUGUUUACAUUGCAGUUUCAAAUUUUCAACUCUAUCUCAUAACUUAUGUGUUUUUAAAAGGUUCAGCAGAAAAUGUAACCAUUUAUAAAUGUAUAUAAAAAGAUGACGCCUCUAUUUAAAUUAAUGAUCAUAGUAAAAUAAUAUAAGACUAAGCAUAAUGUAGACUUUGAGUGUGAAUUUUUUUUCUCUGUAAAUGAUGGUCAUAUCAUGGUGUGUAUAAUGUAAUUUAAUUUUCAGAAAUUGUUAAGGCUUGAAACAUUUACACUAUUAACAUGAUUAAGUUAAACUUCUUUUCAUUUAAAUUUUCUUUUUAAUAAGUCAUGUAUGUAUACAAAUUCAGAUAUAAAAUCAGAAAACAAUAUAUUUCUCUUGGGCUUUUGUGUU